AUGAAUUUCGACAAAACAAUGCAGGGAGCUCUAGACACUUUUAAAUUGGCAAAAGACUUCAAGAAGGGGAAGGACAUCCUUCCGUUCACAUAUGCGGAUUUCUUUGCAGAAAAGAACAAUCUACUGGAAAACUUGGGGCUUUCGUGGAAGCAGAGAAUUGGCUGCAUGCUGAUUUCGUCGGUGCUAUCGAUGUUCUUCUUUUUCAGAACGCUGAUGUCUUUACUUUCGGUGGUUUUCUACCCGGAAACGCUGGGGUGGAACUACUCGAUGUUCUCAAUAUUCCUGCUGUGCGCGCUCUGCUUCUUCAGCGGGUUUAAAACAUUCUUCAAGAACACUUUUUCGCGGGAAAUCGCCGGGUAUGCUGUCGCAUACACAGUGGCAACAGUCUGCACGCUCUUGUGCAAGGGAUGGCCCCGGUUUGUGCGCUACCCCGUUGUCCUCUUUGACGUCAGCGCAUUUAUUUUGUUUAUAUACGCAUACAGCACACAGAAGCUCAAAAGCGGAAUUCGUGGGAUAGGAAGCACGCUUUCUAUAUUUUAA